GGGCACUGCAUACAGAGUGAGUGCGCGCAGCUUCAGACCGCUAUAUUGACCCGCACACUCACAUCCCGCACAGCGCGCGUGCUUUCUCUCCUCAGGACUGCACAGUUUGGAUACUUUUUUUGCUAUUGCAUUGGGAAACUAUUGUUGCUUUUUUAAAGCAGCGAUAAAUGAAGUGAAGUGGAGAUACUUAUUCUGCGGACAUUCUGUGGAUACUUCAAAGUUUUUUGGUGUUUUUUGAUGGAAAUUGUGCGGCAAUGUAAGUAAAUAGAAGAUAUACAAAUCAAGGUCGUGUAGUUUGAACAUCAGCAGACUUGCUGUCGUAAAUGUUGUAGCUUAAGUGGUCUGACCCACGGCUGUGAUGAGGCAGACCACGGCUGCGCUUGCAGAACUGUUUAUUUUGCGGGACUGCGCCGGGAUGCGGGACAGGAAGGAUUAUGAGAGCCGCUCCAGAGAGCGAGGGGACGCCGAGCUGGAGCGCCUCAGAGCCCGAGACAGAAUGGAAGCCACACUGGCUGGCCUGGCAGAAUUGGACUAUCUGAGACAGAGACAGGAGCUGCUGGUCCACAACGCCCUGAAUCAUCAGGACAAUAUCAGCACAAGUGGGGAAGAAGAUAAUCAGCUGUGCUCCGCGCUAGAGGACAACUACCUAAACAACGAGGAGAAACUGCUGGAAGAGAACAUUCUGCUGCUGAGAAAGCAGCUGAACUGCCUGCGGAGGCGAGAUGCUGGUUUGAUUAGUCAGCUCCAGGAGUUGGACAGGCAGAUCAGUGACCUGCGACUGGACACAGAGACCCUACAUGAGCAUCUGGAGAGUGAUAGCCGGCCCAGUUCAGGUUUUUACGAGUUAAGUGAUGGUACUUCGGGCUCCCUCUCUAAUUCCUCCAACUCUGUCUUCAGUGAGUGUUUGUCCAGCUGUCGUUCCACAUCUUGCCUGUGUGCCCCCAUUGACACCUCGCUCUGUGCCUCUGAAGGAAGACCCAAGUCUUCAGAUGAGCUCAGUGUCUGUGCUGAGUGUGAAGAGCAGUGUGAGGACUCGUGUUCUGGUACAGUCCGUAGGUCACUGUCUGCUCCAUACUCUCCUUCUCCAGAUGGGAACUGUGACAGCGUGUCCAAGUUCCACUGUGACCUGAUAGCCAAAAAUGGAAGUGAUGUAUAUCGCUACCCUAGCCCUCUUCAUGCUGUGGCUGUUCAGAGCCCCAUCUUUUUCCAAUCUAUGGUCAGCCAUCUGAAGGAAGACUCUGGUCUGUCCAAGUCUGGAGAAACCCUUGACAAUGGUCAAAAACCUGAACAAGCCCUUUUCUCCCAAGCUCAAGCUCCCCUCAACAAAAGACUGGACAGUUAUAUCUUUGGACUGCUUCAGAGGAGAGCACAGCCAAUAAGGACGAAUAAACCUCGAACAAGCAUAAACACAGACCCCUCCAAGAGUGUCUUACGACAGGGCAGCCUCUGUGUUAGGCCUGCUGCUGCUGGACAGACCCAGCCAAGGACUCCUGAACUCUCACCCAACUGGCAAACUUGUUUGCAAGCAGCAACAGCUCCUUGCACUGACCCCAGCGCAGUGUCACCUCAAAGACAGUGGCCUGUUGAGUCCAAGGGAGAACACUUAGAGAAUAACGGAGCCUCCUCUUCUCAGAAUCAAUCCUCAAAUGGAUUCAUAAUCAAAAAUGAUGUUAACACCAAUAGCCUAUUAAAGAAGAAAGGCCCUGGGGCCAAUAAAGGCCAACCAUUAACUGUUGUUGCUAAGGAGUGCCAGGACUUGGGUAGCCCUAACGCAGUGUCGUCCCCAAAACUUAACAAGCAUUCUUAUUACCCUGCUGUGGAGGACAGUAAAUCAGCACAAAUGGUGAAAGCAGGAACUCCUAAGAGAACUCCUAAUGUUCAGACUUCAAUGGCCUGCUCUGCUAAAGUGGAGCAGCCUCUGCCAGAGGUGCUCAGCCUCGGCUCCUCCUCUCAGAGUCAGGAUGAGGGGGGUCAGAUGGUCAGUGCUCAGUACAUACCUGCCCAAGAGCAGAGUGUCAAACUUCGCAAAGGUGGUAGCAAAAACGUGAAAAUUGUCAAGGUGAAGAACACUAGCAGCAUGAAAAAUAGGACCCAAUCCAGCGAGUUUGUAUCAGAAGCAGGCCGUGACAGGCAUCGCACAGGAUCCAGGCGAUCCAGACCGGCGGAGGACAUGGCUGUUUCAUAUAAAGCCUCCAAGAGGGCAUCUUGUAAAGCCAAAAGGAUCCCAGCAUCAAUCCCUGAGGGGCGAAUCCUGGAAAAACACACCAGCUCCACAGGCAGGUCAACUACCCAAAGACACCAUGGCCACCACAGGCAUCAUGAGGCUGUGCUGGCUAAACCCAAAUACAAGCGCAAUGACUACCAUCGUAGGCUGCGGGGCAUCCCAGAGGUGCCUUAUGAGGAGGCUUUCAGGAGGGUUCACCGCAGGCACAAGAGGGAGAUGCUGGGCCACAUGUCAGGAAUGUAUCUCCCUUCCAACGCGCACGUCACCAGCCCUUAUGCCUAUGUGGGCAGUGACUCAGAGUACUCUGCUGAAUGUGCUUCUCUCUUUCAUUCCACCAUCGUGGACACAAGUGAAGACGAGCGGAGUAACUACACCACCAACUGUUUUGGGGACAGUGAGUCAAGUGCUAGUGAGGCAGACUUUGUUGCAGAAAGCACAACUAGCACUGACUCUGAAGGCAGCAGUGGAGUCAACUGGCCUCAGUAUAGUCAAGCAUCCCGUGAAAUGACUUCAGCGCAGGCCAAAGCCUUUGUCAAAAUCAAAGCCUCCCACAAUUUAAAGAAGAGAAUCCUACGCUUCCGAUCAGGCUCCCUAAAACUCAUGACCACAGUGUGAGAGACUUAAGGGACUGGGGAGUUUGAAUAGGGAUGCAGCCAAUCAAAUUAGCUGCUCUCAGUACUCACCCAAUAAAGUGCCUAAGCAGAAUUCACUCACACUGCUUACAAUCUGUACGAGUCAUGUUGAAGAGAUCUUUCACUACAAGUGGAUUAAUUGAGUGAUAUCCCCCACGCACUUUCAGCAUCCUUAUAUCACACGUUAAAAUCAUUGAGAAGCAUCUCAAUCCCCCCAUUGUGUCAUUUUCUGUAGACAUAUUUAUUAUAAACUCAGAUUUUCAUGUGAUGCAUUUACAUGGCAAGUGCAUUUGUAAAUGUGAUCAAUAGACAUUGUUGAUUUUUUAAAUAAAAUAUUUAAAACUUAAUAUAUUUGGUUAGUCAUACAUGAAAUAAAAUAGGAAGUAUGAUUGAGAAGAAAAUGCAUUGUUUCUAACAGAGAAGAAGUGAGAUGGAGAGAUAGACCAAGUCUAUUUGCAAAAUCGAACAAUCUUUGGGCAAGUUCACCUGCUGACAACAGGGCUUUUGUUAUAUGCACAAUAAAUAUGCAUGAGUGUUGACAUUGCUAUUUACCUUGUGGUUUUUUCCUAUUGUCUGUAAAUUGCAAUUUGUGUACAUAUUUUUCAUUUUUGGUGUCCUAUCUUUUUAUGCUUUAUUAAAUGUUGCCUUUGAUAACA